AUGUCAAAGUGCGUGAUAUUAUUUGAUGAUGAUAAAGCACAAUGUAAAACACAAUUGCACUCUAAAAAGAUGAUGACCUGCUUAAAUCCUGAUUGUCUGACUUAUCCUCAGAUUUGUUGUUCUGAUUGUAUUGAAUAAUUGCAUCAACAUAAAGGAAAUACAAUGACUCUUGAGAAAACCUAAUUUGUAAAUUAAACUAACAAGAAGUAUGCAGAAAUACAAGAGUAAGCUUAUGCUUUAGAAGCAGAAUGCUAGAAUUUUGAGAAAAAGGGUUCCAAUCUCAAAAGGUUAUUUAACGGUGAUAUAGAAAGAAUGAGAAUUUAACUAAAUAAAAUAAUUGAUUCCUUAAAGGAUCAAAUUAAUAAGUAAAUUGAUAUAAGUAUUUCAACAACUAAAAAACAAGUAACUAAUAAAGUUGAAAAGACUAAAGAUGCUCUGCAAUAAUUUAAACCAAUCAACAUUAGUAAAAUCUAUAAUGAUUAAUUAAAACGAUUGAUAACUGCUAUGUGGCAUACUGAUUACUAAUUGGAAAGAGAUCAAUUGAAAAUCUUCUUUCCUAAUUUAUAAGACAAAUUGAGGGGAAGACUAUCUUAAAUAAAUGAUAGUGUGUCAUAAGAAUUGGUUUAAAUGAGUCAAGAUUUAAUUCAAGAGUCAUAAGAAUAAAUAUAAGCCUUUUUAGAUUAAAAAACCCCAAAUGAUAAUCUAUCUACUUAAAGUGAUGACUCAAUUGUGGAUAAAUUAGUAAAUUUAAGGGAUAGUUUGAAAUUGCAAAUGGAAUAACAUCUAGCAGCCAAGAACUGUACUCACAAGGGAUGCCAUUAAGUAACUCCUGUUAAGGCUUAUUAUGGAUAUUAUUAUCAUAUAAGUGGCUAUGCUGUAUAAGGUGAAUUGCCUAUUUCAGUUUGUGCCAAAUCAAAGAAACUAGCCGAGAAAAUGGAUAGAGUAGUGAAUGAUUUGUAUAAAUUGUAAUAUAGAGAUUCUAAGAUUGAUGAUUGUGUGUAAGCAUAUUUUAUAUAUUGA